AUGGUGGACUGCCCAAUUUGCAGCAAAGGAGUAAAGGAAAAAGACAUAAAUAACCACAUCGACUCAGGAUGCCAAUCCUUCCUCGAAUCAAGUUCGCCGCCACUUACCCAACAAAACGGAAACUCCCAAAAGGCCUCCCUAUCGAACUUUUUCCAGACCCCAGCAGCAAAGCGAUCAGCAGCAUAUCCGACUCCGAAGGUAGAAUCUAGUCCAAGUCUGAGUAUCGCCGUGAAAACUGAGAGCAAUGGCACGUCUGCCACCACCCCAAGCCAGUCGCAGAGAAAACGUUCUUUUGAGGAUAUCGCCCCUAGCCCCUCUGUCAAGAAAGAGCAGGAAAGGGGGACAGAUAUAAAGGAAGAACCGCCUGCGAAGAAACCAAAGAUUACCGCGUUCCAAAAAGCCGCGCCGUUGGCAGAACGAAUGCGUCCGCGAUCGCUGGACGAAUGUAUUGGGCAAGAGUUAGUAGGGCCCCAAGGAGUGCUGCGGAGCUUGAUCGAGCAGGAUCGCGUGCCGUCCAUGAUACUGUGGGGUGGCGCUGGCACUGGGAAAACAACAAUAGCCAGGUGUAUAGCUUCCAUGGUUGGGAGUCGGUUUGUGGAGAUCAACAGUACGAGUUCUGGGGUAGCGGAUUGCAAGAAGAUAUUUGCGGAAGCAAGAGGAGAAUUGGGAUUAACGGGACGGAAAACGAUAUUAUUUUGCGACGAGAUUCAUCGGUUUACAAAGGCUCAGCAAGAUUGCUUUUUAGGACCUGUGGAGAAUGGACAGGUUACCUUGAUUGGAGCUACAACAGAAAACCCAUCCUUUAAAAUACAGAACGCGCUACUAUCACGGUGUCGGACUUUCACACUCCAAAAAUUGACGGAUGAAGAUAUCCUGCAAAUACUGGAAAGGGCUCUUGGGGCUGAGGGGCAAGAUGUCCCUGGGAAUUUGAUAGAUUCGGAGUUUAUGAAGUACUUAUCUUCAUUCUCAGACGGAGAUGCUCGCACGGCUCUCAAUCUCUUGGAAUUAGCCAUGUCAUUAUCAAACCGGCCUUCAAUCACAAAAGAAGAAAUCAAGGCUGCUUUGACAAAGACAUUGGUAUAUGACAGAGCUGGAGACCAGCACUAUGAUACCAUAUCGGCAUUUCAUAAGUCGGUACGAGGCAGUGAUCCAGACGCUGCUCUCUACUACUUGGCCCGGAUGCUGCAAUCUGGCGAAGAUCCAUUAUACGUUGCCCGCAGGAUGGUAGUCAUAGCCUCUGAAGAUGUCGGACUCGCAGACAAUAGCAUGCUUUCCCUGGCAACCAGCGCCUACACAGCCGCAGAGAAAAUAGGCAUGCCGGAAUGCCGCAUCGCUUUGGCACAUGCAACGGUAGCAUUGUGUCUAGCGCCCAAAAGCACUCGCGCAUAUCGCGGCCUGAAUAAUGCCUAUGCUGCCCUGAGAGAACCAGGUGUAGCGAGCCUGCCAAUACCGAUACAUUUGCGGAAUGCUCCAACGAAGUUAAUGAAGGAACUAGGCUACGGGGAUCAGUACAAGUAUAAUCCUAAUUAUAAGGAAGGGAAGGUCGUACAGGAGUACUUGCCGGACCAAAUGCAGGGACGAACUUUUUUGGAGGAUAGGGAUUUGGGAACGGAGAUUGAUCCUGGUGCCUGGCGUUGA